CUGACAUGUGCAGACGUCCUUCUAACGUUAGUCUUCUUUUGCUUUGGUUAUCAUCUGUCUAUUGCCCCAAACGAGGGCGAGCCUGUGGCCUGGGAAUCAGGCAGAGGUCGGUGUUGGGACUCUGAAGUGCUGUUUUGUCAGCCCACCCACCCGUCUCUGCCGAGUCGCCAGUCUGUCUGUGGACCUUGCGCCUGAAGUCCUAUCAGACCCGAGAGCAGGAAGAAGAGGAACAUUGUCCAUAAACAAGUUUGCAUAAAGAACACUGCACUUUCAGGCAAGAAAGAAAAGAGAGAAACUGGACCUGUGUGCAUAUGUGUGGGGGUGCCAAUGCCCCCAGGACAUCUGGAGGGGCAGAGAAGGUGCUGCUGUAUCUCCAGCUGCAGCACAGCUGGCCAGCUAUAGCUAAAGACUCCACCCUGGACUUGGGAGUACUCUGAGCCACAGCAAGCCCUUUCUGCCCUGGUUAAGAAUUUGGCUCAGACAUUUGCCUCAGUAUGGGUCGUACUCGGGAAGCUGGCUGUGUGGUGGCUGGCGUAGUGAUUGGGGCUGGUGCUUGCUACUGUGUAUAUAGACUGACCUGGGGAAGAGAUGACAGUGAGAAAAUCUGGGACUACAACAAUGAUGAUGAAGAUGAGGAAUCUAGUGAUAUUACAGAGACUGGGGUAGAGAGUGGGAAAGGAGCUAAUACUUUGGUGGGGGCUGGAGCUAGACUUCAGGGAGACUUAAAGGCCAAGGCUGAAGUGGGUGUGGAACUCAAAAGUAGUCCAGAUGCAAAACUGGGAGCCCACGCAGGGACCCAGACAGGCAGUGGCUUAGAGGCCAAGGCCAAAGCACUUUUCAAUACCCUGAAGGAACAGGCAAGAUCAAAGACAGGUAAAGGGACCAGGUUGGGUACCAUCUCUGGGACCAGGAUACUUGCACCAAGUUUACCUUGCCCAGGAGGCAGGGGUGGAGGCUGUCACCCCACUAGGAAUGGUGCUAGGGCUGGGAGCAGGGCAAGUGGAAAGUGCAAGGGAAGGGCGCGAGCUAAGAGCACCAGGACUCCAGCUACAGCAUGGCCUGUUCGCAGGGGCAAGUUCAACUUUCCCUAUAAAAUUGAUGAUAUUCUAGGUGCUUCAGACCUUCAAAAGGUUCUUAAUAUCCUGGAAAGAACAAAUGACCCUUUUAUUCAAGAAGUAGCCUUGGUCACUCUUGGUAACAAUGCAGCAUAUUCAUUUAACCAAAAUGCCAUUCGUGAAUUGGGUGGUCUCCCAAUUAUUGCAAAACUGAUAAAAACAAAAGAUCCCAUUAUUAGGGAAAAAGCUUACAAUGCCCUUAAUAACUUGAGUGUGAAUGCUGAAAAUCAGGGCAAGAUUAAGAUGUAUAUCAGUCAAGUGUGUGAUGACACCAUGAUUUGUCGCUUGGACUCAGCUGUGCAGAUGGCUGGACUAAGACUGUUAACCAACAUGACUGUAACUAAUCAUUACCAACAUUUGCUUUCCUAUUCUUUUCCAGACUUUUUUGCUUUGUUAUUCUUGGGAAAUUACUUCACCAAGAUUCAGAUUAUGAAACUUAUUAUAAAUUUUACUGAAAAUCCAGCCAUGACAAGAGAGCUGGUCAGUUGUAAAGUUCCAUCAGAAUUGAUUUCCCUCUUUAAUAAAGAAUGGGACAGAGAGAUUCUUCUUAAUAUCCUAACCUUAUUUGAGAAUAUAAAUGACAACAUAAAAAACGAAGGGCUAGCAUCAUCUAGGAAAGAGUUCAGCAGAAGUUCACUUUUUUUCUUAUUCAAAGAAUCUGGGGUAUGUGUUAAGAAAAUCAAAGCAUUAGCAAAUCACAAUGAUCUGGUGGUGAAAGUAAAAGUUCUAAAAGUAUUGACCAAACUUUGAUUGGGGGUCUGCCCCAAACAAUAUCAAGAUAAUUUUUUAAUGUUGCACAUGGAAACAAUGUACUUGGUAAAUUCUUUGUUUUUCACUGUGCUUAUAUGGCAAAAAAGAUACUUUCAGCUUCUAUUUUGUAAUAAUGAUUAUCACAGAUCAACAGUGAUGCUGGUAGUGAUGGUUGGUUUUAGGCUGCACCAUUUAGACUUGCAGGGGUUUCCAACCUUUUGGCAUCUCUGCACCAAACUGGAAGAAGAGUUGCCUGGGGCCACACAUUAAAUACACAAACACAGGUGAGAAAUGAUAAGCAAAGAAAAGGUUUUAAGUAAAUUUACAAUUUUGUGUUGGGCUGCAAUCAUAGUCAUCUUGGGCCACAUACAGCUCUCCAGCCGCGGUUGCACACCCCUGUUUUUAGAGGAUGCCAAAUGAAUACUAAAGUUUGUACAAAGAAAGCACUUGUUGACUCCAUCUUUCUACCUAGAUUGAGAUAUUUUUACUCUUUACCUAAACUGACAGCAAAUUAAAUAUAAAUAACCCAUACUUUUGUAUUGGUUCACAUUUGUUAAUCUUAGACUUGUGUUUCAUCAAUAAACUUGUGUGUUC